GAUGAGAGCAUCUCCUCCGGAGCACGCGUGGUGCUUAGGCAGCCACUUUUCCUCUCUCUCCGUCGCUCCCUGCCUCUCUCUCUGCCAUGAUCAACACGUUCCACACCAGCCUCCCUCCGCCUGUGCCCCCACGGCAGGGCCUGCACCCUCCGCCGAGGGGCCGCAUGACCCCCCUCCUCUGGUUCCUGUCUGUCAUCAUGGUCCUCCAGAUGGUGGUGACCUUUGGAGGGUUCGUCUACCUGUUCAGGAAGAGCAGCAUGUUGCAGACAGAGCUGCAGGGUAGGCAGUACGAUGACCUCAUCGUGCUCAAGAGACUACAGGAGUGUGACGUCAGUUCAGACUACAACACACUGCUGGACUGUGGGAAGCUCUUGAGCAAAUACAGGAGUAUCAUCUCAAAGGUUUCACAAGCAGAAGGGAAAGCCGGUUUCCUGUCUGCGGGCAUGCCAUUUUAUGGCUCUGGCGCAGUGGCCCACAUGACAGUGGAGCGCCGCUCCGGUCCCUCUACAUAUUUGCCCCCUGCAGCACAGACGCUGAAAUGGAACAGGGACCACUCUCUGCUGAUGAAAGUGGAAUACCUUUCCUCGCCGGGUGCGCUGAAGAUCGUCGUCCCCGGGGAUUAUUACGUCUACUCCCAGGUGACCUUCACCAAGGUGCACCCCAAGAUUCCCCUGGUCCAGACCAUCAUGCGUAAGAGUGCAGACAAGGAGGACCUCCUGCUCAAGGCUUUCUGCAGCAUGAGGGACGAGGAGGCACACACCUCCUUCCAGGGAGGGGUCUUCAGGCUGGAGAAGGAGGAGCAGCUCUCGCUUAACGUGACAGACAUGAAUCUGAUCAACUUUGAUGUGACCACCACGGCCUUUGGAUUAUUCAGGCUGUGACUGCAAUCCUCAAAACGUUUUCUCUUGGGAUGUUGACCCCCCAUGACCCCACCAGGAUGAAAAGCCCAACAGAGACUCCACUGCAACCAGCUGGAUGGGUGUGGCUUUGUGUUCGAUCUAAUGUUGACUAAAUCAAUUACACAGGGUUACUGGAAAAAAAAACGGUUAAACUUUCACUCUGCACCAAGGACUAGAGUAUGAGAACAAUCAGAGAAGAAGAAGGCAAGAAUGGCAAGGCAAGGUCACCAUGAGAUCUGGACCGGAAACACACAUAAUGAUAUUAUAAGGAUGUAUCCUAACAGAGUAAUAAUAACAAUUAGAAGUAAUGAUACAUUGAUGACCCUGUAGUGAGGGAUGUAAGUGGGAAAAAUGUGGAAACCUAUGGAUUGAAGCAUCCCAAUAGAUUUUUUUUUUUUAUGUUCCCUUUUUGUACUUUUUGAUAUUUUUUUUUAUUGUGUUCGUUUCUCGUUUGUUAUUGCACUACAGUCUAGUUUCAUGCCACACAGCCAGAAUGGAAAAAAAGUAGGUGCUGUAUUCCAAUUUCAGAUGAAGAAACCAUGGAUGUCAGUGCAACUGCUGAACUCCGGUAUGAUGCUAAAAGCAGUAGGAGGUACAGAUUCCGUAGUUGAUGA